AUGAAGGUUAGCAGAGUUUUUUUCUGUCUGGCAUUUCUUUACGCACUUUUUAAUAUCGAAGUAACUACAAUAAAUUUGCGUAGCUUGGAGCGUUCCUCUUUCAAGAAAAAGGCGUUAUUUCGGCGAGUAUUUAGUGGAAAAUAUUUAGACAAGCCGAAGCUUGCGCAGCAUAUCGUUGACAAUUUUAGAGAAUGUGGAAUCUUGUGCUUCAAGGAUGCAUCGUGCUACUCAUUCAAUCACCAAAGAAACGGGAAGAACUGUGACUUGCUUUCAGUGGAUAGUAUGGAUACAAAGAUGAGCGAUUUUGUCCACCAUUCUGAUUGGAAUUAUUAUGAUAGCCUAUCAGCAUUUCCAUAUGAAAGUUGUAAAGAAGGUUUGCAAUCAGAAUCUGUCGAUUUCGGCUGGUUUUACCUUAAACCAGUUGGUCAGAUGGGAAUCAUCGAAGUACAUUGUCGAAAGGAGGGGACCGAAUAUUACGUUGACGUCCACCAUGAUAAUGAAGAAUACAUUAGGGUUGAUAAAAUGGAAGCUGCUGGUAGUUUUUCUCAUAUACUGAAAUACAACGCCACAAGUCUUGAUGCAGUGAUAUCAUUGGUUAAACAAUCAGUGAGUUGCACUCAAUAUGCAGAAAUGGCUUGUCACAACGCCAACCCGUACUAUACCUAUAACCCACCGUACAUUUAUCUUAAAGAUCGACACGGUAGUAUUAUACCAUAUUGGGCUGGUGGAAACGCAGCCAGCUAUUGCUCUUGUGGUAUAACUGGCACUUGCUAUAGUGCAUCAAAUCAAUGCAACUGUGAUAGCUCUAUUACCAGUGGUUACUAUUACGAUAAAGGGGAAAUCAAGGAGAAAGAGAGAUUGCCCUUAACCGCUAUUCACGGGGGUGAUACAGGAUAUUCAAAUGAAUGGUUAAAUCUGAAGGCUAAGCAUCUAAUUUGUAAAGAAACAUAAACAUAGUUCCGUUUUGUUUGAGCAGCUACUUUGUUUUUGGGACUGUCAAUUCUGAAGUUUGUAUCAAACAGUUUGGACUUCACGACUUUCUAAGACAAUAAUGCUGAACAAUAUUUGAGAUAUACGUUUACUUUUCUGUUUAUUUCCUCCUUCCAUAGGACAUAUACUGCUGAAAAAAGCAACACAUAUUAGAAUCUUUUAUUUCAGAUCAUUUCAGACAUUCAAAAUUUCUGACGCUAUGUUUUGUCAACUUUUUGCACUUUAUGUCUGUUAUACAUUUCAGAUAUUUAUUAGGGUGCCAUGGAAAAAAUCAUAUGAGGUGCCAUAGUAAUCAAAAAUAAGAUCCCUUGUUAUAUAUGUUACUAAGUUUGUUAUAUAUGUUACUAAGUUUGUUAUAUAUGUUACUAAGUUUGUUAUAUAUGUUACUAA